AUGGUUAUAUGGGGAAUUUCAAGACUAAUAUCAAGGAGACCACCUCAUAGCAUUCUCCUUUCGAGCCAAACAUUUGGAUCUCUUCUUCCACAAACCCGAUUUUCUCGACCCAUUGGAUCUACGUUACGAUGGAAUAGUAAUAGUAUAAAUAGUGCUGGAUCUGCUACGAAUGAAGCCAAAAUUGCUCAACAACCAACGACGCUCUGGUUUUCCAUCUCAGAUAAAGUUGGGUCAUUGGACGACGUACUUUUCGAGAUCAGAAGAUUGAAUGUCUCUUUGACUUCGAUUGAAUCUCGUCCUUCUCGGAAUCGAGGAGAAUAUGACUUUGUUGUCGAUUUCGUAGCCGCUGAUUCACGUGAAGUUGACAAUGUCGUGACCAAACUCAAAGAUUGUGUCAAGGGCGUCAAAGUAGUGUCCUCUGGAUCCAAAGAUUCCGAGACAACUACUCUCGGAGUUCCAUGGUUUCCUCGCAAGAUUACAGACCUGGAUCAAUUCGCCGAUCGUGUGCUCUCUUACGGCGCGGAAUUGGAUGCUGAUCAUCCUGGAUUCAAGGACCUCAAAUACAGGGAACGACGAGCAGAGAUAACGAGAUUAGCUCGAGAGUUUCGACAUGGAGGCAAACUUCCCCAUAUUGAAUACACUCCAGAUGAAGUCAAGACAUGGGGCGUGAUUUUUGAUGGGCUUACAAAGCUAUACCCAACUCAUGCCGUAAGAGAGGUGCAAUACGUACUCCCUUUACUGGUUCAAAACUGUGGAUAUCGAAAUGACAACAUUCCUCAAUUGGAGGAUGUCUCAAACUUUUUGAAAGAUUGCACUGGCUGGACGUUAAGGCCUGUUAUGGGUCUUUUAUCUUCACGUGAUUUCUUAAAUUCGCUUGCGUUCAGAGUUUUCAACUCGACGCAGUACAUGCGUCACACAUCCCAGCCUUUCUACACCCCUGAACCAGACGUGUGUCACGAACUCCUUGGCCACGUACCUCUAUAUGCAGACCCUGACUUUGCCGACUUUUCUCAAGAAAUUGGACUGGCUAGUCUCGGAGCUACAGAUGAAGAUAUUAACAAGCUAGCAACGAUAUACUGGUUUACUGUUGAAUUUGGACUCUGUCGACAAGGUGAUGAAGUCAAGGCGUUUGGAGCUGGUUUGCUUUCCAGUUUCGGUGAACUUGAAUACUGCUUGACAGACAAGCCUGAGAAACGACCCUUUGAUCCAUUGAAGACUGCAGUGCAAAAGUACCCCAUUACGGAAUAUCAACCUGUCUACUAUGUUGCCGAGUCCUUCAGUGAUAUGAAAGAACUAGUAAAGGAUUACUCACUAUCCUUGGAGCGACCAUUUGCUGUACGCUACUCUGCCUUGACACAGUCCAUCGAAGUUUUAAACACGAAAUCAAAGAUUGUUCGGUUUGGUAAAACGAUAAUUGGUGACUUGGCCAAACUAAUAGCUGCUGUCGAGAAAUAUUGA